AUGGCCGACGUACGUGCACUAUUGCGCAAUGAGCUCGCAUCACGAGCGUCUGCUACCGACAGGCAGAAAAAGAAGAGAAAGCUCGAGUCCGCACCCACAGAAAUACGCAAAAAGCUCAAACCGAUUGACCAGGCUGAGGAAUCAGCAGGAGAAGAAAAUGAGAUAGAGAAAGCAUCGCCUACUGAAGAAACAGGCCCGUCCCCAGAUAUUGCGAUAGUGCCAACGGCGAACGCUGCGACAGAAAACCCCCUUCCACUGCCAGCACAAGCCACAGCUUCAACAAAACAGCAGGAGGCACCUCAAGCUAUUGAUGAAGACGAAUGGGCAGCUUUCGAGCGUUUCGUUGCUGCACCUACCAGGACACAAGUUCCUGCAGCUGUUUUGAACUCCGGUGCCACAAUAUCCGCCGCACCUGUCUCAGCUGCUGAAUUGGCCAAACACGAGGAGGCACAGCGUGAAUCGCGGACAAAGGCUCGCGAGGCUGAAUUGCAGGGCGAACAGGAAGAGGCUACACGAUCGCUUGAAGAAGAAUUUGAUGAGAUGGAGCAACUGGACGAACGUGUUAAACGACUGAAGGAAAAACGGGAAGAAAUAUUGAGACGCCGACAACAAGGUUUACUGAAGGACAUGAUGAACUCUGAAGGCGAUUCAGUACGAGGGAAUAUUGAAACCCCUGGAAGCGGAAAUGUAUUUGAGUACGAAGAGGAUGAAGACAUCGAUGAUGAGGAUGAUGAUGAAUGGGACAACUGGCGCUUCAAAUAA